AUGUUUCGCAAGCCCUUGGGACAUACGAGAGAAACGAGGCUCGGGGGAAAAGAUAAAAAGAAGCUUAUCGCGGAGAUCCUUGGGCAGUACCCAGAGGCAUCUACCUCUUCCCUGUUGGGGACUGGGCCGGUCUCGGAGCUCUCCUUGGAAAGCAAGACCACUAUCUAUAUCGUUGAGGGCAACAUCCCCGUCCUGUUCAAACUGCAUGGCUCGACCUUGCUAUACCCUACAGUAUUCGGGCUCAAUCGUACACAGGGAUUGACAACAGUCCGCUAUAUAAAUAGGGUGGAAAGCCAAGAGCCUUUCGAUGCUGGUGUGGUAUGUGCUGUUAGAGUUGAUGAUAAUGGCCCUUACGUGGCUAUCGGGCGAUCAGUGUUGAGCAGCACUCAGUUGAAUGCGGCUGAGAGUGCUCCUAUGGGAGUAGUCGGCAAGGCUGUUGAGGUCAUCCACAGUGUUGGUGACCAAAUCUUCCAAAUGGGCCCUAAAGGGCGCUUGAUGCCUCCUCCUGCUGAGGGCCAGCCGCCAGUAGAGAAUAAUCUGGGAGGAGAGGAGGCAGAAACUACCUCUCCUGAGGCACCGAGUGAGUGUCAGCAAACACCCGAAAUUGUGAUGACGGAGAGCGAGCCAAUGAGUCUGGCACAAUACGACGAGUUGGUUAGAUACGCCGUUAUUGAAGUGUUAGCCAACGCUGAUAAGACUUCGCUACCUAUACAGGCAGCUGUUCUCUAUUCUGAUGCGCAGAAAUCUUGUGCGAAUCUACGGAAGCGCCCGGAGCUCAUCUCACGGUUGGAAGAGCUCGGGCCUGAGCUUAAAGACGAGUCGCAGAUUCGGGUGGAUAUCAAGAGGACGAGUUGGCGGAAAGUUGGUAAGCUCUUGAAGGAGCUGGAAAAGGAGGGGAUACUCAAAAUGAAGGACAGGAGAGGUGAUGUUAUUAUUACAAGCAUCAGUCAAGGCAAGGAGGAGCUCCAAACACACGCCAUUACAGCGAAAACGGCUAAGUCAGCUCCUCGAACUAAGCCGGCCACUUCAGUGGAAGCAUUGAAGUCCUCGAUCGAGUCAGACCUACGAGUAAGAGUUAUUAGCAUGUACAAACCGCAUCAAGUGUGGAAACCCGUUCUAGAGGCCUCUAUGGGGAGGGUUCUGGGCAAGCACGACUUCCUAGAUGCCAAGCAAUGCAGAUUCUAUUUCCAGAAAUACAUAAAGGGUCUAGAGAGUUCCCAUGAGGAGGUUGUCGGUGCCUCGGGAAACCGAUCGAGCAUAUGUGUUGAUAAUCUCAUUGCGAGCGCCCUCAGUAAAGGAGGAAAGAAAAUUCAGCCUGAUACGAUGCUUUCCAAGGCAGAAAUUGGUAAAGCAUUCGAGAGUAAAGGCCUGGAGCUCUACACUGCAAUCAUACCAUCGGAGGGGGAUGAGCUCUCAUCAGCUGAUGUUAUCGACCUAUUGAAAUAUGGGCCAGCGCCCAGGAUCACUAUCAGGGUCACUGAUAAGGUGUCGGGCAACAAGACGUUAACCCUCAUAGGGGGAGUUGAUAAGUACCACCUGAAACUGUCCGAGUUUGCUAAGGCAUUGGCUAAGCACAACGCUUCGAGUGCCGCAGUUCGAGACGACCCUGUUCUUGGUCCUAACACUGUGAUGGUCCAAGGCAAUGUAGCACAGUCUGUGAUGCAGUUCCUGGUCGAGGCUGUUGGUGUCCCUCGAGAUAGGGUGGAGAUUAUCGAUCGAACAAGGCCUAAUCGUCGAAAGCAUUGA